UUGAAAGUUGGAUCCUGCAGACCCGGUACGGGAAAGUUUUCUGUGGCAGAAGUUGUGGGGAGUGGGUGUGUUCAUUAUUCCUGCUGCCUCCUGGCCCGUGAAUGUUAAUAUCGAGGUGGUUCUUCUUUUUUUUCCUCUGGAUCUGAAGUCAUGAGUAACAAGAAACUAAGACGAGUGGGUUUAUCACAAGAACUGUGUGAUCGGCUGAGCAGACAACAGAUUGUUACCUGUCGGGACUUCUUAUGUCUUUCCCCACUGGAGCUUAUGAAGAUGACGGGUCUGAGUUAUGGAGGUGUCCAUGAACUUCUGUGCUUGGUCAGCAGGGCUUGUGCCCCACAGAUGAAAACGGCUUAUGGGAUAAAGACACAGAGGUCUGCUGAUCUCUCACCAGGUUUCUUAACCACAACUCUCUCUGCUUUGGAUGAAGCCCUGCAUGGUGGUGUCGCUUGUGGGUCCCUCACAGAGAUUACAGGUCCCCCAGGUUGUGGUAAAACCCAGUUUUGUAUAAUGAUGAGUGUGUUGGCUACGUUACCCACCAACAUGGGAGGAUUAGAAGGAGCUGUUGUGUAUAUUGACACAGAGUCAGCAUUCAGUGCCGAACGACUGAUAGAAAUAGCAAAAGCCCGUUUUCCUAGAUAUUUUAACAGUGAAGAAAAAUUACUUUUGACAAGUACCAAAGUUUAUGUUUACCGAGAACUUACCUGUGAAGAAGUUCUACAAAGGAUUGAAUCUUUGGAAGAAGAAAUUAUUUCAAAAAGAGUUAAAAUUGUGAUUAUUGACUCCAUUGCUUCUGUGGUCAGAAAGGAAUUUGAUACACAACUUCUAGGCAAUAUGAAAGAAAGGAACAAAUUUUUGGCCAAAGGAGCAUCUUUAUUGAAGUAUUUGGCUGAGGAAUUUUCAAUCCCGGUUAUCUUGACGAAUCAAAUUACAACGCAUCUGAGCAGAGCCCUGGCUUCUCAGGCAGACCUGGUGUCUCCAGCUGGUGAUUUGUCCCUGUCUGAAGGUGCUUCUGGAUCCAGCUGUGUGACUGCUGCACUAGGAAACACCUGGAGUCACAAUGUGAACACCCGACUGAUCCUCCAGUACCUCAGUUCAGAGAAAAGACAGAUUCUCAUCGCCAAGUCCCCGCUGGCUCCCUUCACCUCAUUUGUCUACACCAUCAAGGCAGAGGGCCUGGUUCUUGAAGGCCAACAGAGGCCAUAAGAUACUGUGACCUUUGUCUACAGCUGCUGGGGGCACGAUUUGUGCAAUGAAGCAGGAUCUCGCAGCUUGGAAGAAGGAAACGGAAGCCAACAUAAUGGGGAUUAAUUAGUUGAUUGGUGUUGAGAUGGUAACAGACUUGCUCCUAGACCAUUGAGCUGGGAUUUUAGACCUAGCAGAGAAGGUGUAGGUGAAGAAGCUUUUGUUCAGAGCUCUGAUGUGUGGGGCUGAGGGAUUUGCCACCAAGGGAUGUCAACAACCAUAAUAAUAAUAAUUUGCACUUAUAUAGCACCUUUCAACUAGGCACCUCAGAGCAGUUUAACCACAUUAAUUAAUUAAAGUCCACAAUCCCCCCGGGGGGAGGAGGAGGAGGAGGAGGGCUAACAAGAUCUGUAAUUACAGGAGGAACAUUUCCGAAUAAAGUAUUGUCCACCACAUAAAAAGAGUAGGAGUAAAGGAAUUGGGGGUCUCCAGACAGCAAGUGAUUCAGAAAUGAAAUCACUGAAUGAUGGGGGAUGUUGGGGGUGGGCAGGCAUGGGGGUGGGGGGCUGCUCUUGUGUCAGGAAGGUUGAUGGCCUGAGAACUCACUGACAGGUUUGGAAGCACAGAGAAACAGAGCAUGUAGGGUAUUAUUGGUGUUUGGAAGAUCAUUAGUGGCAUAACGAUUGUAGUGUAAGUUCACAUCUCACUGGCAUAUUGUGUAUAGCCUUGCAAAACAAAAAGUGAGAUUCAUGCAGUAUUAAAGGAUGAAAUGAUUUCUUUAGAUGUAAAGCCCAAUUAGCAAAUAAAUCCAUUGGGAACCCAUGGGAGAGUGUCUCUGUUUCUACUGCCAAGAGGUUUUUGACCAGAGCAGCAGGCUGGGUGCAGUGCAAGGUCUGGGGCUUCAGCCCUUCCUGGUCAAGCAGGAAAUCUUCCUAGCCUUGCCCACUGGGACCCUCCUAUCCAAGCUCUGAAUGCAAACCUUCUGCCACAGAGUCGGCUGUGCCUGCUCCCUCUGCAAAGAUGUUAAGUGCCUCGGCGAGGACAAGCAAGCCACAUCCUACUUCCUACCACUGCCCAACAGAGUACUGUGUACACAGCCAGCAGAGAGCAAUGAAGAAUGAUCGACUGUCUGAGUCCAUUUCAGCAGCUCAGUCUUUGCUAAACACACACCAGAUGCUCAGGGAAGCCAAAAAGGAAUAGGACACAUGCCCUGUCCUCAAGAAAAGUACUACAAAAUGAGUAGCUAUGUUACAAUGCAGAAUAAGAUAAAGUAACAGCACAGAUGCACACCCAAGCCCCACACCACAAGGACAGGAGAGGGACAUCUCCCUGGCCCGGAGCCAACCAAGGAGAGUGAGUAUUCCUGGCAAUAGCAGGUGUGCUGGGCAUCGGAGAGAAGAAGAAAAGAUCUGUGUAGGCCUGGAAGUGGUGGGACAACAAAUUCUUGAGGCUAAGGCCAGGUGUCUCCCUCUGAUGGAGGAAGAACUUGUGGUCUCCCCAGAAUAUGUAUGAAAAAAAUCAAGCUGAGUUUUGAAACUAAUGAAAUGUACAUUUCCCAUGAAUUCUCAUGGCAUGAAUUGCAUCAGAUGUGAAAGAGUAUUCGAGAAGUUAUUGAUGGGGCUCAGGGCACGCUAUCCCAAAAGAAAGGAAAAUAGCAAAAGCAACUGUCAGUAGUAUCUCCUGGCUCUCUCUCCCUAAGCAGGUCAUAAAACCUAGCUGUCCUUCCCCUGAAGCAGAUCAUAAAACCUUCAUUCCAGAGGUGCCCUCCCUAUACCCAGAGGAAAGGAAUGUCCUUAUCUCUGAAGACACAGGGAGGCAGAAAAGCAUAUGAACAAACAGGACUUGCUACGCCUCCAUUUAUUAUCAUGAGCUCAUGCCCAUCUGUCUUCCAGUCCCACUUCUGCAUGACUGUCCAAUCCUCAUCCACCCUCAGCAUGAGAUUGCACAGCCUGCCCUGUGUCUCUGAGCAUUCAUUUAUGAGGGUCCCCUUGCUAUAGCAAACUCAUGUCAAAUAAAUGUACAUGCUUUUGGGG